AGGUAGUCCUCUGGCUUCAGGAGGACACUUCCGGGCCUGUCCCCUGUCCCUGUUCCGGUCCCUGUUCGUGUCCUGUCUCGGUGGUGAAGUUGUCUGACAGCUCUCUCCGUCGUCCAGCAGCUAAACCCCGCAGAGAGGUCUCGGUCAUGUCGGCAGCAGCUGCGGGUUCCAGCAGGUCUCCUCAUGGGGAGAGAGAGGUGCUGCUCCCCGCCAAGAAGAAGAAGGGACCCGGCGCCCUGGCAACGGCCUACCUGGUCAUCUACAACGUUGUUAUGACAGCAGGGUGGCUGGUGAUCGCGGUGGGUCUGGUCAGAGCGUACCUGGCCAGAGGAAGCUACCACGGGCUCUACUACUCCAUAGAGAAGCCUCUCAAGUUCUUUCAGACGGGAGCUAUUCUGGAGAUACUGCACUGUGCUGUAGGAAUCGUCCCGUCCUCUGUGGUCCUGACUGGAUUCCAGGUCUUGUCCCGGGUCUUCCUCACCUGGGCCGUCACACACAGCGUCAGGGAGGUGCAGAGUGAGGACAGCGUGCUGCUGUUCGUCACGGCGUGGACCGUCACCGAGAUCAUCCGCUACUCUUUCUACACCUUCAGCCUCCUCAAUCACCUGCCAUACCUCAUCAAAUGGGCCAGGUACACCUUUUUCAUCGUGCUGUAUCCCAUGGGAGUGACGGGGGAACUGCUGACUAUCUAUGCAGCGCUGCCGUACGUGCAGAAGACGGGCCUGUACUCCGUCACUCUCCCCAACAAGUACAACUUCUCCUUCGACUACUACACCUUCCUCAUCCUCGUCAUGAUCUCCUACAUUCCCCUCUUCCCCCAGCUUUACUUCCACAUGAUACGACAGAGGAAGAAGGUUCUGGGCCACGCGGAGGACUACAGCAAAGUGGAGUGAGCCCGGCAGCAUUCAGAAAGAUCUGAUGAAGAGAAAGAAAGAAAACCAAAACAAGCAACAAGAAGAAGAGGAACAAAAAUCACGUCUGCUUAAAGAACCAGCCAGAGCAGACCUCUAACCUGGCACCAACAUCCAGUUAUCAAGCAACUCUUAUUCUAUUCUUUCUCCAGCUGUUGUCCGGGUUGUGUAGAUGCUCACAGAUCAUUGAACAAACCUUUAUUUGUUUGUUUUUUUAAUUUAUGAAUGAACAGUUCCUUUUUGUUUAGUCGGGGAGCUUUGCAGCUGUAAAGAAGCGGUAUCUUGACCUGGGUACCGUCGAGUUGCUGUCUGAGCGCUGAGCAGAACUCGGUCACGUUGAACUGAACGAUGCACUGAUAGAAAACGAUAACCUCCUUUUUUUAAACGUCACUGUAGAAAUAGAUUCAGCUCACCUUUUAAGAAGCGAUGUAGAAAGAAUAAUGAAGACUAGUAGGUCGUAGGUGUGUUUGCAUCUACUGCUGCAAACUGUGGUCCACGUUUGUUUGUUUCUCUUUCAUUCAUUUCAGUUUGAUUACAUUCCUAAUUUACUUCAAUAAACCUUUUCCAUUCUGUGC